AAUAUUCCCCCAGGUUCAGCUGUGCCUCAGGCAUUGGAAAAAGUUUUAGCACAAUGUCAAAUACCAAGCUACAACAAGAGAGAUCACUACUGUAUGUAUUCUAAUCUGUGGGUAAAUAGAACUCAGCAUGGCACAUCCUUGUAAGUAAGGAAGUACAACAAGCUCACUGCUUUCACUUUUACUUUGCUCCGUAAUUUACAAUUCCCAGAAGAACAAAGAUGGAUGGAUAUGAGAGAACUGUGGAUCGUGUCAGGGACUAUAUCCUCCAAUUCAGCCUUGAUAACUGUGCUUUUGGGAACCAGGGCUAUAACCGAGUUCUCCUACAGCUGUUUGGGUAUAUGGGUCAUGGCAAGUCCACCCUCAUCAACUCCUGCAAGUAUGUAUUAGAUGAUGGAGAAUAUCGCAUUUAUGCAAAAGCAUCGGCUUCCAUUUCUAGUGUCACUUUCAACAGAACAGCCUACCCACUCACCAAUAUCAUCACUAUUGUGGAUAACAGGGGGUGCUCUACAUUCAACGCGUAUGAGACUGGGGAAAUAUACGCACAGCUGGGUAACUUUAUUCCACUGAAUGAGAAAGUUGAAUGGACAAAUAACUAUGAAGACAUGAUAGACAGACUGGAGGACUCAGAAAUGGAUCCUAAUUUCACAGACGUCACUAUUCCAGUGUUUGUUUAUAGUGUGAAAAAGGGCCUCGCUGAAGGGGAAAAGAAAGAGACUAAAGAAUUCAUUGAUAACUGCCGGAAAAUGACAGGGGUUUAUCCAAUUGUGGUUCUGACCCACAAAACCUAUGGAGACUUCUUACAGGCUGAGAGGGAGUUCCAACUGAUGGGAGUAGAAAAUGUGAUUAAGAUAGAAAACUACACAAAAGAGGAUCAUGGCAGAACACAAGGGCGCCACAAGGAGAUCCUGCAUUUUCUCUACAGCAUUCUAGAAGAUGUCAACUUCCAGAUGAAAUACAAGAGAAACCCAAGAAAAGAGAGGGUCGAGCGCAAGAAAUUUCUGCUUAAAUUUCUACAUGAGAGAGAAGUGAAUCAAAACCUGUAGCGAAUGCGUAGGCAGUAAUUCAAAAGACUUACAAGAGUAUUGAAUUGAGCAAACAGUGGGGCACUGGGAGAAUCCUUUUAUGGCUAGCUUUCUCAUUGCACUUUUCCAUAUGGAUAAUCUCCAUACCAUGGACACCCUCAUGGCACAAAGCUAUUCAUAUCAAACCCUGCAUUUAUGUUUAUUGCCAGGUUCUAAAUAACAAAGGUGAAAAAUGUAACAUUCAGGUUGAUGAUGACAAACCCUCUUGUAUCUGCUGUUAAACUAUGGACGAUAAUGACAUUAAAAUUACUACUUGCCA